AUGGUUGAAAGCAAAAACGCAAAGGAAGAAAAGGACGUCGAUGUGAUUGACGAGACGAUGUUAGAGUAUGAGGCUGAUGACGAAUCAUCAGAUGCACAUUCGCAGCUGGAUGUGAUCGCUGAAGAGGACUCAUCAGUGGAGAAGGAGGAAGACGUCGAUGUGCUGACUGAAAAGAAACCAACAGAGGCACAAUCGGACCACGAUAAGACGACUGAAGAGCAUUCAUCAGACGAUGAAAAUGGCUCCGAUGUGGUGGAUACAGAGAAAGCAGCAGACGAGGACGGUGUCGAUAAAUUCGAGCAUGGACAAACACCGUGGCCUUCGAUUUGGUUGAGUUAUGUGGUGCAGAUGUUGACUGGAAUACAGUUCUCCAUAUACUUCACAUCAAUGUGGCCCUACUUCACUACCUUAGACCCGGAGGCAAAUCUAUCAUUUUUCGGGUGGAUAACGUCAGCAUAUAGUAUAGGUCAAAUGGCAUCAAGUUGGGGUUUCGGCUACUGGAAUCAGUUGACAAUGAACGCCAGACAACCUGCAUGCACUGGCCUGGCAUUCAUGGCGAUUGGCAACAUUCUUUACACAUUCCUCGAAAACAUACCGGUCGGUAGAAAGUGGUUCAUGCUCGUCGCUCGACUUCUCGUCGGUUUCGGAUCAGGUCCACUAUCGCUACAUAUUUGCAUAUUUUCACUUUGUGCACGGAACAAGCACUGGAAAGUUUUGAUGUGUGUGUGUGUGUGCUUUUGA